GUGGCGCAUGCAGGCUUGAAAUGCGCUAGGCGGAUGAAAAGUAGAGGCGCACUGUGGGGAGAGAGGAAAAAAAGUUCUCAACAAGGAGAGGCAGGACGACUCUGACGGAGCCCCUGCAGUCUCGCUUUUUAUGCCUCUAGAAGACUCUUCCUGCCACUUUUUUAGCCUUUCUGCUCCGCAACUCCUCGUUUCCGACGGAGAAAAGCGACUUUUUCGCGCAAGUGAAGCCGCAGCACCAUGGAGCUGCUCUGCCUCGAAAUGGAAACCAACAUCAGAGCACGUCCCGACCCGAACCUCCUGUGCGAUGACAGAGUCCUGCAGAGGCUGCUGACCAUAGAGGAGAGGUUUCUACCUCAAUAUUCAUAUUUCAAAGUCGUCCAGAAAGAUAUUCAGCCGUUUAUGAGGAGGAUGGUGGCCACUUGGAUGUUGGAGGUUUGUGAGGAGCAGAAGUGCGAGGAAGAGGUUUUUCCUUUGGCCAUGAACUAUUUAGACAGAUUUUUAGCAGUGGUACCAACCAAAAAGUGCAACCUGCAGCUGCUGGGAGCAGUCUGCAUGUUUCUAGCCUCCAAACUGAAAGAGACACGUCCAUUAACUGCAGAGAAGCUUUGCAUCUACACAGAUAACUCCAUUAGACCACAAGAGCUGCUGGAAUGGGAACUGGUGGUUUUGGGGAAGUUGAAGUGGAACUUGGCAGCAGUAACGCCAAACGACUUUAUCGAGCACAUUGUGAGGAGGCUGCCGCUACCCGAGGAUAAGCUGGCACUUAUACGUAAACAUGUCCAGACCUUCAUCGCCCUCUGCGCCACAGAUUUCAGAUUUGCCAUGUACCCUCCCUCCAUGAUUGCCACAGGAAGUGUGGGGGCUGCGAUCUGUGGCCUACAGCUGGACUCAGCCGACCAAUCACAGUGGGGAGACAGUCUGACGGACCUGCUGGCCAAAAUCACAAACACAGAAGUGGACGUUCUCAAAGAGUGCCAGGAGCAGAUCGAGUGCGUGCUGGAGAGCAGCCUACGUGAGGGGCGGCAGCAGCAGCAGCAGCAGCAGCAGCAGCAGACUCAGAGAGGGCCCAGCGGCAAAGGCCUGGACGAGCUGGACCAGUCCUCCACCCCGACAGACGUCCGCGAUGUCAACUUGUGAACCGCCGGAGGGCAUCCGUGCACAGGAUAUAAAAGCAAACAAAACAAAAAAUUAAAAAGAGAAACCUCAUUAAAAAAAAAAAUUCAACUUUCUUUAAAACCAGAAAAAAAGAACAAAACAACGGAAAAAUGUUGAAAAAAACACAAGCCCUUUUAACAGAUGAAAAACAAUGCUUGCUAGUUUUGUGAACUAUCUGUUGAAAAGCACCCGCACAUGUAAUCGAUUAUCUACAAUCUGGUCUGAAAGCAACAAAUUUGCAUCAAGAUGAAGCUCUGUGGUGCCUUGGAUAUACAGAAGGGAAGCCAAUCAUAUUUGCAUUCUGCCUUUGAUUGUAUAGUGUGACCUUUAAGUUAUAUUUUAACCAUAGCUUGAUGAUGAGGCUGUUGAAGUUGAGGAAACCAUUAAGAAGCUGCAUAUACGGGAUCACUGCUGGGCUUAUGUUACUUUUGCUCUGUUCUCUUAGUAUUCAUUGUUGAUGUAAGAGAUGUCACAUGUUCGAGCGCCUUGAACCUCAUGACACCCACAGGUGAGGCAGAGGAAGCAGGGAGAACAUAGUGCUGAAAACGAUGGGUUCUACUUCCUGGCUGGGACGAUAUUAAUUAUUAGAUAAUUACUUGUUGAUAUCAUUAUUAAUAUUAUCAUUGGACAUACGUUGGAAUCGAGUAGUAGAUCAAUAAGCUCCUUUUGUCAGGCUGCUUGUGUGUUCGUUGGUUUGUGUGCGUGGUUGCAUCCGUGGAGCACGGAUGUGCAUGGUGUGAGUGUUGCGUGUGAUCCUCCAUCUAUAUUAGCAUUCUGUUGCAUAAGGCACUUGAACAAAGCGGCAGACUUAACACUUUUUGUGUGUAAGGCGGGGCUACGCAUGCUCUUUCCAUCCAUUUAACGGGGCAUCUACGCUACGUCACUGCCUUCACGCCUUAAUGCGGUUCACUGCCGGCCGAGAGUGAACCGCCUGAAACGUGAACGAGAUGGAAGAGGAUUUAGGGUAUGGGAGAGCGGACGCCCAUACCUGUCUCAGAGCAUUUCACCUCCGACUGAGAGACUCUGUGAGGUUUAUUACUGCCAAUGCAAUGGUGAAAUAUCACAUCAUUUUACUUUCUCAGCUUCUCGUUAGGGCGCGGUGCGUGUCCUCGGAUCUUGGAAGCUGUUUCGAGUCUGAGCAGAGGAGUUUAAAGUUUCUUGUAGAAAGAUUUUUUUCUCUUUUUUUUGUGUCAUUAUUUCGUACUCCUUUGUGUGAUUUAGCAGUCAGGAAAUGUAGGGAGCUGAGGAAAGAUUUUGAGAGGCAGGGACAUCUUAAGAGUCCUUGGGGAAGGGCAGGAGGACCGUGGUAGUGUAGGAGCAUGCUGCUGUUGUAGGAGAUGUGGAUGAUGUUCAGCUAGAGGCUGGAAGAAUUCAACAAACAAACAAAAAGGCUUCGUUAUUAAACUCUGAUGCCUUCGUUUGUGGGGGGGGGCAUUGACAUUUUUGCAUUGGGGUACUGUCAAGUGAAGAGUAUGUGCUAGUUUCCACUUGCAUGGAACUUGCAUGAGGAAGUUAGACAAUAGGCUAGAUCAUGUGAGGACUUUGUUAGAAGAGUACAACGCUGGUAAAAUACUGUCAAUGCAUCUGGAGUCCCACACGGAGCUGUUUUCGGCUCCCUUACGAUUUCAAUGGUAAAGCACUUUGAGAACAUGCUCCCCAGGAGAUUAGAAAAAUAAACGCGCUGGGUGGUGUUUUUUUUUUUAGGUGAAUGGAUUUUUGUUUUGGUUUUUUUCCUCAUUAGCCUUUUCUGUGGUUUUAUUUUGUAGGGCUGGUUUCCCAAAAACAUUAGACAUACCCUUGUCAAGCAAGAGUCCAUUUUAAAAGCCUCAAUGUGCUAUGAGGACAUUCCGAACAAAAAGAAGAAAAAAAAACAUUCCUGCUCAAGUAAGGAUUUCAGGAGAAUUUGGACAUAAAAUGCCAAUACAACCUGGACAAUACCUUUACAAAGAAUUCUCUUCCAUGGGGUCAAGAAAUGUUUUUACUUGAAUUUUUAUUUAUCUGCGUCACAGCCAUGGAGAGCUGCGUGAGGCUGCAAAAAAAGAAAGGAGCUAAAAGACAGGAUGGAGGUUUUUGCACAUGUUCUUCAAAGGGCAAUGACAUUUGCGAUGUUAAGACGCAGCGCAGCCUUUGUUUGAAACCAGCGUAGCUAAUGUGCGAGAUGGUCCGUUUUUUCGUAUGGUGCUGGCUUGCGUUGGCGGCGAAGGCAUCUGUCGUCUGUGAGGCAGACAUCGGCACAAACACAGACGGUUUCUGUCCGUUCACGUUCAUCACGGUUCUGCCGCAGCAGGAUUUGAUCUUUUUAAUGACAGUAUGAGAAAAUGUGGGGAUCUCUCUCAGUAAAACUGAACAGCUCAGUGGCACAUUUGCAUCAUCAUCCCCGUUUAUCCAAUUCGAUCCCUUCGUUUUGCCUCAUGUUAGCUCUCUCCCAAACUUUAAUGGCUGUGUUUUUUUUCUUUUUUCUUUUGGCAAUUAUUGUUGCAUGUGUUGUAUAUUGAUGCCGCAGAUCAGUUUGUGUUUGGUAUAUUUUCUGGGGUGACCAGACCCUCAAAAGGGUUCUUCUAAGAUUUUAGAGAUACUGUAUCCCAAAGUGAAGAGAGGAUCAAGGAGGAGGUGUGAAGACAUCACAUCAAACGAAAAGUGUCGAUAUUUUUAUUGUCUUUUUGCGCUGCUAAAAGCUAUGAAUUUGUUUCAUUAAUACAAAAAAAAAAUACCAUUACCUAGUCGUGAUGUGUCACAUGUGUGCUGCUAUUUUAUAAACAUUUGUAUUAUAAUAUAAUUAUUUUACUGCUUAAAAGAUACUUCCAGAAAAAAAAAGUAGAUGGUGGUAGAAGAACAUGAAAUGAGUAUUUGACUGGAAAUGUUCAUUGUACAGUUAGAUAGCAUGUUCAUUUCCCCUUUUUUUUGGUAUCUACUUUGCAUUUCUUUUUUUUUUUUUUUUUUUUUAAGUCACAUUCUGCGUCAGUGGUAUUUUCCAAACCUCAGGAUUACUGGAGACAACAAAACUCAAAUUCAUCACCUUUGCUUCUGCUGUGAGGGGGCCUGGGAUGGAGAAGAAGGAAUAAAUGGGGGUGAGGGGAGGGAAACGACAAAUAAAAAAUUUGUUUCCAAUGGGUCAGCUUGUAAAAGAAUUCACAAAAAUUCCACUUGGACUGAAACCUGUACCAGGGGGGGCUUUACCUUUCUGUCUUUGUAACAUAUUGGUUGACUGCGUCUCUGAGCGUGGUCUUUUUUUUUCCUUUUUUUUUUCUGUUGUGUCCGGCUUAUUGUGUGCUAGAGAGGGAAAAGCAGCUUUCCCAUGAUAGCCAAAGUACAGUUGUUGCUUUAUACAUCAGCGAUCUCAAUGAAUGUCCGUGAAUCCAGUUAGAAACAUUGUGUGUCAGUGUCAGUAAAUACGGUGAUUGUGUACCACUGGAACCACCACAUCUGUCACAUUCAGUCUUAAAUAUUCUGAUAUCUGGAAGUUUCAAUGGUGCAGAUCAGAUUUCCCUGGAGUCCAACCCUCCCUGUACACCCCCCCCCCCCCUCCACUAUAACUCAGAUCAUGUACCUCAAAUGUCUGUUGCACAACCUUUUGUCAAUAAACUUUUGCUUUAAAGGGUGUGACACCACAUCA